GAGUCGAAACGUCUAAGGUUUUCUGGUAGUUUCCAGAAAAGCCAAUUGCUGGGUGGUUUCAUUCAUUCCAGACGUCUCUCGCUACUUUCGCCAUCUGUAUUAUAUAUACAGACAUUUCAUCUUCCCCCCAUCUCCUCAAUUCACACUUUAACAAACAAAACAAAAUUCUCUAUUUCCGUCGGUAAAUUCGCUCCAACAACAUAAUAAUAAAAAACAAUUUUUCAACUAACAACACAUCAAGGUUAUUGACAAGUAUUAUUAAUAGAACAUGAAUCCUGACAAAUUUACACACAAGACAAAUGAAGCAUUUGUCGCAAGUCACGAACUUGCUGUAAAUGCUGGACACGCACAGUUCACGCCUCUGCAUCUAGCAGUCGCUUUGAUCUCUGAUCCUAACGGCAUUUUUAAACAAGCGAUAAGCAAUGCGGGUGGUGAAGAAUCAGCUAAUUCGGCUGAAAGGGUGUUUAACCAAGCAUUAAAGAAACUCCCAUCACAAUCCCCUGCACCUGAUGAAGUUCCAGCUAGCACGUCUCUGACGAAAGCCAUUCGUCGUGCUCAGACGUUGCAGAAGAAACGCGGUGACACCCAUUUGGCGGUGGAUCAGUUGGUUUUGAGCUUGCUCGAGGAUUCGCAGAUUAGCGAUUUGUUAAAAGAAGCUGGGGUUGGUGCAUUGCGGGUUAAGAAUGAGGUUGAAAAGUUAAGAGGGAAAGAGGGGAAGAAAGUGGAAAGUGCUUCUGGAGAUACGAAUUUCCAAGCGCUUAAGACGUAUGGGCGUGAUCUUGUUGAGCAGGCAGGGAAGCUUGAUCCUGUGAUCGGGCGAGAUGAUGAGAUCAGGAGAGUGAUUAGGAUUUUAUCGAGACGAACUAAGAACAACCCUGUACUUAUUGGAGAGCCAGGUGUAGGGAAAACUGCGGUUGUUGAAGGAUUGGCUCAGAGGAUUUUGAGAGGUGAUGUACCCAGUAAUCUUGCUGAGGUAAGAGUCGUGGCGUUGGAUAUGGGGGCUUUAAUUGCUGGAGCCAAGUAUAGAGGGGAGUUUGAGGAAAGAUUGAAAGCGGUUUUGAAAGAAGUGGAAGAGGCCGAAGGGAAGGUGAUAUUGUUUAUUGAUGAGAUUCAUCUUGUUCUUGGGGCGGGUCGAACUGAAGGGUCAAUGGAUGCUGCAAAUCUUUUUAAGCCUAUGCUUGCUAGAGGUCAACUUAGGUGCAUUGGUGCAACUACUUUGGAAGAGUACAGGAAGUAUGUUGAGAAAGACGCUGCGUUUGAGAGGCGUUUUCAACAGGUUUUGGUGGCUGAACCUAGUGUUCCUGAUACUAUUAACAUUCUUAGAGGGUUGAAAGAAAGAUAUGAAGGUCACCAUGGUGUUCGGAUUCUUGAUCGUGCUCUUGUGGUUGCAGCUCAGCUUUCAAACCGAUACAUAACAGCUCGAUUCCUGCCCGAUAAGGCUAUUGACCUUAUGGAUGAAGCAUGUGCCAAUGUGAGGGUACAACUUGAUAGUCAGCCUGAGGAAAUUGAUAAUCUUGAGAGGAAGAAAAUGCAGUUAGAGGUUGAGCUUCAUGCCUUGGAGAAGGAAAAAGACAAGGCAAGCAAAGCUCGUGUUGUUGAAGUGAGUAAGGAGCUUGAAGAACUGAGAGAAAAACUCCAACCACUAAUGAUGAAGUACAGGAAGGAAAAAGAGCGAACAGAUGAAAUUCGCAGGUUGAAACAGAAAAGGGAGGAGCUUAUGGUGGCGCUACAAGAUGCAGAAAGAAGAGGUGAUAUUGUCAGAGCUGCAGACCUGAAAUAUGGUGCAUUUCAAGAAGUGGAGACUGCUAUUGCAAAGAUUGAAGGGACUGCAGAUGAAAAUGUGAUGUUGACCGAGACCGUGGGACCUGAACAGAUUGCUGAGGUUGUGAGCCGGUGGACUGGUAUACCGGUAACUAGACUAGGCACUAACGAGAAGGAGAGGCUUAUUGGGCUAGCUGAAAGGUUGCAUCGACGAGUGGUAGGCCAAGAUCAAGCAGUCUCUGCUGUGGCUGAGGCUGUUUUGAGAUCUCGAGCUGGUUUGGGAAGGGCUCAGCAGCCAACUGGUUCAUUCCUCUUCUUGGGUCCCACCGGUGUUGGGAAAACUGAGCUUGCUAAGGCUCUAGCAGAGCAGUUAUUUGACGAUGAGAAGCUAAUGAUUAGGAUUGAUAUGUCCGAGUACAUGGAGCAACACUCGGUGGCCAGACUAAUAGGUGCUCCACCUGGCUAUGUUGGUCAUGAAGAAGGUGGUCAGCUCACUGAAGCUGUGAGGAGAAGACCUUAUAGUGUUGUGCUGUUCGAUGAAGUGGAGAAAGCUCAUAAUUCUGUUUUUAACACACUGCUUCAAAUGCUUGAUGAUGGACGGUUGACAGACGGUCAAGGCCGUACUGUGGAUUUCACCAAUUCUGUUAUCAUUAUGACUUCCAACCUUGGAGCUGAACAUCUGUUACAGGGGUUGUCUGGGAAGAUGACAAUGGACAGUGCUCGUGCAAUGGUAAUGCAAGAGGUGAGGAGGCACUUCAAACCCGAGCUUCUGAACAGGCUUGAUGAGAUUGUGGUUUUUGAUCCGCUUUCUCAUGACCAGUUAAGGAAAGUUGCCAGGCUCCAGUUGAAAGAUGUGGCAGUCCGUCUUGCUGACAGGGGAGUUGCCUUGGGAGUUACAGAGGCGGCUUUGGAUGUUAUACUCCGUGAGAGUUAUGACCCGGUAUAUGGUGCACGGCCAAUUAGGAGAUGGCUGGAAAGAAGGGUGGUGACAGAGUUAUCAAAGAUGUUGAUUGCAGAAGAGAUUGAUGAAAAUUCAACAGUGUACAUUGAUGCUGACAUGAAUGGGGAAGAGUUGAGUUACCGGGUGGAGAGGAAUGCUGGACUUGUUAAUGCCGCGACCGGGCAGAAAUCAGAUAUACUGAUAGAAGUUCCUACUUCAAAUGGAGGGGUUCGUAGUGAUGCUGCACAAGCUGUGAAGAGGAUGAAGAUCGAGGAAGUGGAUGAUGAGGAUGAAAUGGCUGACUAAUCUGAAUCUCAGUAGUUUGCACAUCAAUUGUAUGUAGAAAUCUGAUGUGGAGACGUUUUUUUUUUUGGUGUCUAAUCUGAAAACAGUUUGUUUGUAUAGUUUUGAGAUUUGUAUGUGGCCUCUAAUGUUUUCUGAUGUACUGGUGAUGUUUUUAUCAAUGAAUGGGAGUUGCUGAAUCCCUUUUUAAGCAA